AUGUCAACUUCGAAUUUGGAUUCGUCUUCAUCAGUCACUGAAUCUGUGGACAUUCCCCGUUUCCAUCACACCCCAUUUUACUGUGAGGAGAACGUAUACUUGCUAUGUAAGAAGCUAGCUGCGGAUGGAAUAGCAAGAUCGGAUGGUUCUGACCUCUUUGUUAUUUUCAUUUCCAAUGAAAAUAAGCAGAUUCCAUUGUGGCAUCAGAAGGCUAGCCAUAGAGCGGAUGGGGUUAUUUUGUGGGAUUACCAUGCUAUCUGCAUACAGAAAAGAAAAGAUAGCAACCUGCCUCAUCUAGUGUGGGAUUUAGAUUCAAAACUUCCCUUUCCGUCUCCACUAUCCACAUACGUUUCUGAAACUAUUCGGCCUUCAUUUCAGCUGUUUUCGGAGUUUCAGAGGUUCUUUCGGAUUGUGCACGCACCCAUAUUCCUUCGAUCUUUUGCAUCUGAUAGAAGACACAUGAAAGAUACUGCAGGAAACUGGCUUCAUCCCCCGCCUUCAUAUGAAGUCAUUGUUGCUGAAGAUGGAGCUGUGCACAACUUGAAUGAAUACAUGGAAAUGACCUCUGCUGAUGUUGUCAAAAGCAUCGGAGAAGAUACUAAGGAUAACGUAUAUGCCCAGAGACUCGGUGUCCUGCUGCUAUUCUUUGCUAGAGAUACAACAAUUGCCCUCGGAGCUGUUGCAUCUGGUAAUGGAUCAGCACUAGCAAAGAUAGGUUGCACUAAUUACAAUCUGACAGACCCUUCAGCCGAGGAAGAGUCUAUUGUGGAAACAUUUUUAACCAUCGUGUUGGAUUCGUCUUUUCAACUCGUGUCCCCUAGUAAACCAGGUGGACCAGGUCUGGCUCAGACAUCAGCCAUCAAGGACUGUGUAGCAUUAACAAGACAGAGAGUGAAAGAACUUCGGAAGACUCUGAAUGAAGCCAUUUCUGAUAUGGAAAUGGAACAGUAG